CAAGUGACAUUUCAAUAAGUUUAUUAAAACGACCAUCAGAGGGCCUAUGAAAACUGAACCUCAAAUUUUUUUUCAGCACAUUAUAUCAACAAAUUUAUAAAAAUAUUUGAUUUAAUUGGAAACAAACAUGUUAAGACAAUUUAUAUCCCGAUUGUCGGCUGUUCGACCGAAUGUUAUCUGUGCGGUGCAACCGAUCCGAUUCUAUUCUGUGGAAUCGACACAACAGGUAAAAAAUGUUGAAACCGAGGGAGAGGAUGAUAAAUUAUAUAAAAGGCUUGAAAUUGAAUUGAAAGGCCACGAUAAAAUGGUCUUAAAAAGUUAUGUAAAAUUCGCAACAACAGCGGCUCACCACUUGAACAUUGAAGUUGGAAAAAGUUUUACGCCAAGAUUACACUAUAAUAAAGAGCUAUAUGUAUUGCUGAAGUCGGCAUUUGUUCACAAAAAGCAUCGUGUACAGUAUGAAAUCCGAACAUAUUUCCAUUUCAUACAUUUUCACCGUUUGACCGGAUCCACAUUGUCAACCUAUUUAGAAUAUAUUGAACGAAAUUUACCUGAAGGUGUUGCACUCAAAGCGACUAAAGUGGAAUCGCUACCAUUGCCAGAACAUAUGCAAAAACCACCGCCACUCGUAGAAAAUGAACAGACCAAUUAAAUAGAUGAAACCCUAAAUGUUUGUUUAGUAUAUUAUCAAUAAAAACAAUGUAAAUUUAGAUGUUUUUGAAA